AUCUGACCUCUGACGGAAAAAGCGUCAAACUUGUACGUGUAUAAUCAACGCAUCGUGGGUUAGGCGUGAUUAAUUUAAUGUUUUGUCGUAUAUUUUUCUGUUUGGCGUUACGCGACGCAUGUUCCGUCAGAUAUGAACCUUCCCUUUGAUAGCCCAUGUAACAAACUUAUUUCGGGUGUCCCAAGAAGUUCCCGAGGAAAGAUCCCCAAAGAAACUUUUACGGAAACUACCAUAAACUGUUUGUUUCUAUGUGUGAGCAUGCUUAACUAUGAUUAGCACAAGAUGUUUUUAAUAUGAAUAGAGUUAUUAUAUCCCACACAGUUUAUAAUAGAAUUUAAUAAAUGUUAAGGUUACAACAUUUUCCUGUCUUCAUUUCUAGACGAAAAAUAAAACGUUGAUUUGACAAAAUUGACUUUGCUUUGACAUGAAUGCUAUUGACAUUAACUGACAUUUGAUUUUUGAAUACAAAACAGGGGCAAGUAAAGAUUGGCGAGCGUGGAUUUUUUUGUUACGAAAGGUCUAUAGAAUAACAGAAAAUAUGAAUUACGAAGACAUUCUGGACACUUCGUGGUUGCGGCUCGAGGGAGACUUUGACAGCCAAGUGCAGGAAGUAUUAAGAUACGUGAGACUAACUGCAGACAGGGUGUAUAACCUGAAGCAUUUGUUUGAUGACAUCGAGGAAGCCCUCCGGCAUCUAGCUCCAGGUUGCCAAAUAAUGCCUUUUGGCUCAGUAGUCACUGGUCUAGGCAUUAAAACAAGUGAUGCAGAUGUUUUUGUGGCCUUGCCUGAUGGGCACCACCCAACUGUCCACCAUGUCGUACAAGCCAGGAAUAUGCUGCACCGAUACCACAGGAAGUUCACACAGCUAUUUGCAAUCACAAAAGCAAAAGUUCCCAUUGUCAAGUUCUUUCAUAUCCCAACUCAAUUCCACUGUGAUGUCAAUUUUAAAAGUCCUGCAGGAGUAUACAAUAGCAAAUUAGUUGCAUUUUUGUUACAUAUGGAUGACAGAGCUCUGCCAUUGGCAAUUCUCAUAAAGUACUGGUCAAAAGUUCAUAAAUUCACAGGUACCAACCUGUUGGGUAACUAUGCAUUGACUAUGAUGGUAAUAUUCUACUUGCAGCUGAUGAACAUUUUGCCGUCAGUGUGUGAUUUACAGAGACACAUACCUCCCUACUACGUGGAUGGAUGGAACACUGCAUUUGAUGACACAAUGCAAAGUACCACCAGGAACACUGACUCCUUGUAUGAACUCAUGGGCGGGUUCUUUAAAUGUUAUAGUGUGUUUAAUUUUAAGGAUAAUAUAAUCUCACCAUUCUUUGGACGUGUGAUAAGCAAGAGAUGUAUGGACAAUAUCGACUUUCCUGAACAGUUUAGCCUGUACAAAGACCACGUAGCAAGAGAUGUGCGUAAAAAGUUUAAAACUACUUCUAAGAUUUGCAUACAGGAUCCAUUUGAACACAGUAGGAACUGCUCAGUGGCUGUGAGCGAUAGGCUGGCGGAGAGAAUCUUUGCGCACAUACAGUUCGCGACAAAUAAGUUUGAACUAAACAGUAGCGAUCGCUUUCUAAGAGCGAUCUUAACGCAAGACCCGAACAGCACGCAUGCUAGCGCAGCUACGGCGCCUAAUAAACAUACAUUUAAUAACAAAAUAAAAAAGCAAAACCGAAAAAAACAGAAAAGGGAAAUACAGCAUGGUGUAAACAAGAUGUUUACUCAAUAUCAGAACUUGAAAAAAGGAAAAAGAUAAGAUUGAAUUCUGAAAUCAAAGAACUGACAUCUUUAUACUUAAGAGUACCUAUAAUACAGUAUUUUGUAUGGCUGAGUAUUUGCAAUUUAACAAAUAGAAGCUUUACGUGAAAA